AUGGUAUAUCCAAAAGAGGAAGAAUUAUUUGGAAUUUUUCCUGAUAUAUUACUUGAUGCUGAAAAUAAUUUAUCAAAUGAAAAAUUUGAAGAGCUUUGUGAAUCACUAAAAAAUGGUGUAAAAAAAGCUUGUGAUAGCAUUAAAAAGUGGUUAAAAUGCAGGACUCAAUUACCUUUAAUAAUUUGUUGCUUGGGUAGUAAUAAUGGUCCAAUGUUUGCUCAUGCUUUUUUUCUGGUGUUUUAUAAUCUUCAAAUAUCACAAACACCCUCCCCAAAAGAAAUUUCUUAUGUUGAAUCAUUAAAACAGCAUUUAGAAAAAGAAAAUUUAAACACCUUUGGUUUAAAAGAAGCUUUGCAAAUUCCAAUUUUUUUAGUGAAUUUCAUCAAUUUGUUGUAG